UCGGAUAAGAGUUGUCCUUCUCUCUAACUAGCAAUAAUAAGAUAGCUAUACACCGGAUAAGCACAAAGACAUAAAGCGGAGUGUUCGUCAAUUCCUUUGACCACUCUACUCCAUCAUCAGCAAUGCUCCCCCUUCUCUCCAUACCCUAUCAUUACCUUCCACGUGUCCCUCGUACUGCAAUUAUUCCAUUUGGACGGGUGUUAUUCAGUGAUGAAGAAUGAGAAGCGCGAGAUCUGUUGCACAGGAAUGAAGAUAUCUUCUUUAGAUGUUUAUUUAUAUUUGUCAGUUACAGUCUUCAAGGCGUGCUUUUGCUAGUAAGAGAGUUGGUGAAGAUGGCGACGGUGCAUAUGAUGAGAGAGAGUCCGGUGGAGGAGACGCUGGAUAGGAGUCCGAGGAGUCCAGAGGCUAAACUCGGGAUGAAAGUUGAGGAUUUGUGGGAUGUGCAGGAGCCUCAGCUCAGUCCGACUGAGAAGCUCAAUGCUUGCUUCGAGAGUAUACCUGUAUCUGCCUUCCCGUCUGCGAAUUCCUCCCAAGUGGUCGAGAUCAAAUCAGACACGAGUCUAGCAGAGGCUGUGAAAAUACUAGCGGAUAACAAAAUAUUAAGCGCGCCGGUAGUGGAUGUUGAUGCGCCUGCAGAUGCCUCUUGGAUGGACAGAUACCUCGGCGUUGUUGAGUUCGCCGGAAUCGCUGUCUGGAUUUUACAUCAGUCAGAACCUUCAUCUCCCAGGAGUCAGAGAUCUGGAGCAUCUCUUGCAGUGGCAGUUAAUGGAUUGACUAAUGCUGCAGGGCUUGGGACCCUAGGACCUGAAGAUGCUUCAGCAACUUCUGGAAACUUUUUCGAGGCUUUGACUUCUUCUGAAUUCUAUAAAAGCACGAAGGUUCGAGACAUCUCUGGAUCAUUCCGGUGGGCACCAUUUCUUGCUUUACAGAGAUCAAACUCCUUUUUGACGAUGCUCUUGUUGCUCUCAAAAUACAAAAUGAAGAGCGUUCCUGUGGUUGAUCUGGGUGAUGGGAAGAUUGAUAACAUAAUCACGCAGUCUGCUGUUAUUCAUAUGCUAGCGGAAUGUGCUGGGCUUCAAUGGUUUGAGAGCUGGGGAACCAAGAAACUUUCAGAAAUUGGUCUUCCCUCCAUGUCCGCUGUUCAUAUUUGCAAGGUGCAUGAGGAAGAACCAGUUCUCCAAGCAUUUAAACUGAUGAGGAAAAAGAGAAUUGGAGCAAUACCUGUUGUUGGAAGUGACGGUCAAAAGCCAGUGGGCAAUAUAAGUCUAAGAGAUGUUCAGUUCCUGUUAACUGCACCUGAGAUCUACCAUGAUUAUAGGUCUAUAACUGCAAAGAACUUUUUGACGGCAGUUAGGAGUUACUUGAAGAAGCAUCAUGAAACCUCACCGAUGGUGAAUGGCUUGAUCACGUGCACGAAAGACCACACCAUCAAAGAAUUGAUUCUGCAACUUGAUUCCAAGAAAAUUCAUCGAGUAUAUGUGGUGGAUGAUGCUGGUAAUCUGGAAGGAGUGAUCACACUGAGAGACAUCAUCUCAAGGCUUGUACAUGAGCCUCCAGGCUACUUUGGUGAUUUCUUUGACGGAGUGCUGCCUUUGCCUCAAAACAGCAGAGUUUAAGGGGGUGUCAUUAUUUAUGGUCGGGUAAUUUCCGUAAUAAUUGACCACUUCAAGAUGGUAUCUGCUAAUCAUCUUUGGAUUGUUUGAUAGCAAGAAAAUGUAGUGAAUGUAACAUAGUUGGGUUCUCAUGUAAUUAGUUUCUUCUUCUUCUGUGAGGUUUCAUUUUGCGUGCAUCUUGAUGUAUCAACAAACUGAAUGUGACCACUUCGGGCUGAAAUCAAAUCAAAUAAGUAGGACUUCUCCA